AUGGACCUUGAAACAGCACGCGCCAAUUAUCCAAACAGACUAGAGAGGUUAGAAGAAGAACGUCUUAUGAACUUGCCUUUCAAUGUUAGUGAGCCUCAAGUUGAAGGACACGACGGCUUUGCCAGAUUCUACUGGAAACAUGACGAACAAUUGCAUCCUUUGAGAAGGAAAAAAGGAAAAGGUGAAGACGCACAUGCUCCCAUGGAAAGAACAAGAUAUGCAUAUGAAAAGUAUCGUGAGGUUAGAAGUAAAAUUACAUCUGGUCGAACCUUUACAGUAAAUUUUGAAGAAGGAAAGAACAAAGAAGGCUUCAUGGGUGUACUUGCUGCCAUACAAGAUGGAAAUAAGAAAGGAUACAAUCUCAGACUAACCGUAACAGAUUUAGAUGGUCAUAUUUACUAUGCACAUGGCAAUGUCACAACAGCUGCAAUGCUUCUUGACGCUUUCAAGACUACAAAGAGAGAACAAAUGGUUGACUCCGACUCAGACAUUUUGAAUGCAAUUGAAGGAAUUGUAAGCGUGAAGUUCGAAUGGUACCAACAUAACCCUCAAGCAGUCAGACAACAUGUUUGUUAG